GGUCAGAGCCGAGUAUAAAAGCAGAUAUCACGGGGUUGAUUAGCAGUGUCGCAAUUAACGCGAUAGACAAGCAGUUAAGAAGCGAAUCGGACAAUCAUGAAGUGCUUGACCAUCCUCGUAGCGAUCGCUUCAGUUUGCUCAGCCGCUCCAAGCGGACUUCUCGCCCCAUGGGCGGCUCUGACAGCCGCUAGUCACGCAGGAACAACGCUCCUCGCGGCGCCUGCUGUCGGCCCAGCGCUCGUCGCUGGCCCAGCGGCGCUUCUCGCGGGGCCCUCUGCUCUCCUCGCUGGACCCUUAGCCGCCCCAGCGCUCGUUGCUGGGCCGGCUGCUGGCGCGGCACUAGUUGCUGGACCAGCCGCUGGGCCGACGCUGGUCGCCGGCCCCUCUGCUGGACCAACAGUACUCAAAGGGGCAUCGGCUGGGCCCACUCUUCUCUCUGGACCCGGACCCGUUCUUGGACUCGCAUCUCUACUCGCUAAAGCUCAUUGACGAAUAAUAGAAUCAAUACCUCGUAUCUGUAGUCUCUCGUCUUUCCCACUCAAGACUAUGCGGAGAGAUUAUUUCAGAUUAUUCUAGAUUAUUAUUAUACGACACAGACACAGAGUAUGGA